GGAUUUCCGUUGAGCUUGCGGAUGACCCUUGGGCGUCCUUCUGAGGCAGCUAAGCGAGGGUUGAGAAAGCUUUGCGGAGAUGGGGUGGCAGGAUGAGAAAGCUUUGGAAGGCCGAAGCGGGGAUCCUGAGGAGGAGGAGGAAGAAGAAGAGCUUGUGGAUCCUUUAACUGCUAUCAGAGAGCAUUGUGAACAGAUGGAAAAAUGCGUGAAAGCUCGGGAACGUUUGCAGGAGUGUGAUGCUCGAGUGUCAUCCAGGUCCCAUACAGAGGAGCAGUGUACAGAGGAGCUGUUUGACUUCUUGCAUGCUAGAGACCAUUGUGUGGCUCAUAAACUCUUCUCCAAAUUGAAAUAAAUGUUCAUACAAGUGAUGAAAACCUGAACUUGUUCCAAUUGAGUAAAUAUGCUGCCCUGCAUUGAGAAUACAUGGAACUAGCUCUCUGAUAGUUCUGAGGAAAUUUUGUAGUUGCCAUCAGGAGACAUCUGUGUUCUGUGGAAGAUUUGCAGCUGCUAACAAAGUGUUUAUGUAGAUUCCAAUAUUAAACAUAUUUCCUGUCAAA